GUUGCGCAGAGCUCGACCACAUAAACAGCAGUCUGGCCCUGUUAGUCUUUAAUUGUGAACAUCUGUCAUUCCUUACCAAAACAGAAUCAGCCUUGCUGCCAUCUCGUACUGGGACCGAUCUCUGUAUACGCAGAGAUGGAUAUCCCGCGCCCCAGUGAGGGUGAUGUGAACAUUGGCACGGAUAUCGUCAGAGUCUGCUGGGUCCUCACCGGCAUUGUCGGAGUUGUCCUGAUCUUCAGGUUCUCUAUGAAAGCAUGGAUCCGUUGGGCCCUUCCUCAAGUGUCAGCUCCCGAAAGGGUGUGGGGAUUCGAGGAUCUGAUAUUCCUAUUCGGGUAUUCUCUAGAUCUCCUGCAUAUGACUUUGAUCCAGUUAAGCUAUCAAUGGGGCCUUGGACGACACUUCUACUAUCUUAGUCCUACAGAGAAAGUGCAGUCAUUGAGGUUCGACUUCGCGUCACAGCCGACAGCUGUCGCUGCAGCCAUGGUGUCGCGAACCGGGAUGAUGUGGUUCCUCUACCAGUGUUUCUCUGCCAGCGAUAGACGUAUACGGUUGAGCAUUAUCAUCUCGAUGAUCAUACAAGUGAUAGCAAAUGCCCUGACAAUUGUACAAAUCGUCGUGCAAUGUGGACCAAAUCCCUACCGUCCAGCGGAUAGGACAAAGUACUUCCACUACAUGUGGGAUCCUCUCCCUGCGGAUGGGUCAGUCAAGUGCCAGAGCCCAAACGUGCAGACGACUGUGGGAUUUGUGCAAGGAGGGUUCAACACGUCUAUCGACUUCUUCCUAGGCGUCAUAUCUGCCUUCGAGCUCUGGCAGUUCUUUAUCCAGACACUACACCGUAAUCCGAACGUUUCUGUUUGGACUCAGUUCAAGAGACUUAAUAGUAGCGUACGGUCACGUCGUAUCUGGCAGACAAUAAGCUUGAGCGUGCCUCUUUUCCUUUCGGGAGCAGCCUCCAUCGUUAAGACCUACCUUCUUAAAUCUCUCGGAGAUAGACUAGAUUUCACCUACAAUAUUGUGCAUUUUAUUCUCUGGGUCAAAAUCGAGAAUUAUAGUAUUCUAAUCGCCACUUGCGCCCCAGUAAUCCGGCUAUUCCUUCGCACUUUUGUUGACAACCGUCGGGAUGGGCGUUAUCCUGGCUAUCCUUGGUCUCGUUCACAUUCGAGCAAGGAUACCCAGACAAUCGAGAUGGGGCGCAAAACCCACCGCCGUGGGCCCCGCAGGGAGACAUCUAUUUCUGCCACCCCGGUGUACGGGGACAAGACCGAGCUGGACUGGGACCACUGCUCGGACCGAUCCGAAAGCAGAAUAAUGGUGUCUUCACCAGAUCAAACAGGACUUGUGCGCAGUGGACAAGUUACAGUCAAGACAGAUAUAGUUGUGGAGGUUGAUGAUGAGGAGGAAGGGAGCAGUUCAAUGUCUUCGGGUCCUCGCGAGAGCGGGGGCAGUGGUCACAGAGACAUGUUUGAUUGCUGAUCUCUUCAUGCGAAUAUGAUAUCCCGCGUCUUUCUCAGUUCUAUUUUUUAACUUAUUUUAUGUAUGUAUGGGACAGGAUACUUGAAAAUUUCAAUCGUGUACAGGCUACCAUAAUCCAUAUGCGCUUACUUGCAUACAACGUAAAGAGCAAUUGACCGGCAUACAUAGCUCGUAUGGCACAAUGUCGACACCCAUCAACACAAAACAGCCCUUCCUAGUAUAGAAUAGACCAUACUUAACAGGACGUACACAACAUCUAUAUAAUUAGUAAUGUUGUUUGGGACAACAUCUCCGGACCAAUAAAUAUUAUGAGACUAUCACAUCAGUGCCUGCAGUCCUGAAACACAAGCAGCUUUUGACGCGUCAGCACAACUCUGCGAUUAUCAAACUAAGCUAACCAGAC